ACAAGUUGCCCUUUUCGAGCCAAAAACACCAACUUCCAUCAUGAGCAAGGCAUCCACGUCCAAGCAGUCGACGCUCACGGCCUUCAUCAAGAAGCGCCCCGCUGAAGACCCUGCCGAGGGUAGCGACGCAGCGGCCAGCAAGCGCACUGCUACGAGCGCUGCGGACGAUCAAGACGCCGUCGAAAAGCGCGGCGUCCACAAGCUGGGCGAUAACUUUAAGCUCGAGAAGGAAACGAUGGGAAACACUUGGUUCAACGCUCUUCGACCCGAGUUUGACAAGCCCUACUUUGCAAAGCUCAAGACUUACCUCGCCAACGAGUACAAGACGCAAACCAUCUACCCAGUGGAAGCGGACGUCUACAGCUGGUCGCGCUACUGCUCCCUUCCGGAUGUCAAAGUGGUGAUUGUGGGCCAGGACCCGUACAUUAACGAAAACCAAGCUCACGGCCUCUGCUUUAGCGUGUCGAUGAAGGCAGCCAUCCCGCCCUCGCUUCGAAACAUGUACACCGAGCUCGCUUCCGACAUUCCCGGAUUCAAGCCGCCAAAGCAUGGCAAUCUGGAGAGCUGGAGCAAGCAAGGCGUGCUCCUGCUCAACGCCGUCCUGACUGUCCGAGCAGGCGCGUCCAACUCCCACGCCGGCCAGGGCUGGGAAGAGUUUACCAAGGAGGUUCUCUCGACCGUCUCGCGCCGUCGCACCAACGUGGUCUUUAUCCUCUGGGGCAACUAUGCCAAGAAGCUCGGCAAGCUGAUUGACAAGUCCAAGCACACCGUCCUCGAGGGUGCUCACCCAUCGCCACUUUCGGUCAAGCUGUUCACGGGGUGCAAGCACUUUUCCAAGUGCAACGAUGCGCUCGAGGCUUCCGGCCAGCAGCCCAUCAAUUGGAACUCUGUCAACGAGGCUCCUGCUUCGUAAACGAGUCGAAGUAAUUUGCAUGCUGCUAGUUUCUGGGUUGUUGCAAUUUUAGCAUGGUGAUUGGGUCGAAAUAGUUUUGAACAAGAAAUCCUUUCACUUCAACCAUGUUUUUUUUUUUUCGAACAAAAAUU